AUGUCUACCCGACCUCCGCCGACGUUACUUCCCCCGGACGCGGGUCAACACGACAAGCACGAAGGCAGCGUGUCCUCGCCUGGAUCCACCGCCGCUGGGGGUGGUGGUGGGUCUACUACCAGCGCCACGAGCAACGGCACCACCACCACCACCACCUCAUCCUCCUCCUCCAACUUUCCUCUUUCGCGAAACGAUGCCUGUCAUUUUGCUUCCUCUCAUGAGCUCCAGCUAGUCGAUAACCUGGUGACUCUCCUCACCAAGAAUCGUGGUCGCGCUCCAUCCAGUGCCAAUGGCACCAGCAAUAACAGCAACAGCAGCAACAGCAAUAGAUCUUGA